GGCUGCGAGUGUAGACUUCUCGCUGCCACAGUCUCCGGAGCUCCGGAGGUUUAACCACCGCACGGAACAGCCAGACAGGAAUUUAAAGAAGAAACAGAAAUGGAUCCAAGCAUGGGUGUGAGUUCUGUCACCAUUUCUGUAGAGGGUAUGACAUGCAAUUCCUGCGUUCGGACCAUUGAGCAGCAGCUUGGGAAACUGAAUGGUGUUCACCACAUCAGAGUUUCAUUAGAAGAAAAGAAUGCAACUAUUAUUUAUGACCCUAAAAUACAUACUCCAAAGACUCUACAAGAAGCCAUCGAUGACAUGGGCUUUGAUGCUAUUCUCCAGAAUUCUAACCCACUCCCAGUUUUAACCAAUACUGUAUUUCUGACUGUUACUGCUCCACUGGCUCCACCGUGGGACCAUAUCCAAAGUACAUUGCUCAAGACCAAGGGUGUGACUGACAUUAAAAUUUCCCCUCAGCAAAGAACUGCAGUAGUGACAAUAAUCCCUUCUAUAGUGAGUGCCAGUCACAUAGUAGAGUUGGUUCCUGACCUCAGUUUAGAUAUCGGAACUCAGGAGAAAAAGCCAGGAAUCUGUGAAGACCCCAGCAUGACUCAAGCAGGUGAAGUCAUGCUGAAGAUGAAGGUGGAGGGUAUGACCUGCCACUCAUGCACAAGCACCAUUGAAGGAAAAAUUGGGAAACUGCAAGGUGUUCAGCGAAUUAAAGUCUCCCUGGACAAUCAAGAAGCUACUAUUGUUUAUCAGCCUCAUUUGAUCACUGUAGAGGAAAUAAAGAAACAGGUUGAAGCAGCAGGCUUCCCAGCAUUUGUCAAAAAACAGCCCAAGUACCUGAAAUUGGGAGCUAUUGAUGUCGAGCGCCUAAAGAACACACCAGUGAAAUCUCCAGAAGGAUCUCAGCAAAGGAGUCCCUCACACACCAGUGAUUCUACAGCUACUUUCAUCAUAGAUGGCAUGCAUUGUAAAUCAUGUGUGUCAAAUAUCGAAAGUGCUUUCUCUACACUCCAAUAUGUAAGCAGCAUUGUCGUUUCUUUAGAGAAUAGGUCUGCCACUGUAAAAUACAAUGCAAGUUCAGUCACUCCAGAAACUCUGAGAAAAGCAAUAGAGGCUGUCUCACCAGGACAAUAUAGAGUUAGCAUUGCAAGUGAAGUUGAGAGUACUUCCAACUCUCCCUCUGCCACUUCUCCUCAAAAGACACCUUUGAAUACAGUUAGCCAGCCUCUGACUCAGGAAACCCUGAUAAACAUUGUUGGCAUGACUUGUAAUUCCUGCGUGCAGUCUAUUGAGGGGGUCAUAUCAAAAAAGCCAGGUGUGAAAUCCAUCCGCGUCUCCCUAGCAAACAGCAAUGGGACUGUGGAGUAUGAUCCUCUACUCACUUCUCCAGAGACCUUGAGAGAAGCAAUAGAAGACAUGGGAUUUGAUGCCACCUUAUCAGACCUCAGUGAGCCAUUGGUAGUGAUAGCUCAGCCCUCAUCGGAAAUGUCACUUUUGCCUUCAGUGAAUGAAUCAGAUAAAAUGAUGACACCAGUACACAACAAGGAAGACACAAAGGCUUCUUCUAAGUGUUAUAUACAGGUCACUGGCAUGACUUGUGCCUCUUGUGUAGCAAACAUUGAACGGAAUUUAAAGCGAGAAGAAGGAAUACAUUCUGUGCUUGUGGCCCUGAUGGCUGGUAAGGCAGAAGUGAGAUAUAAUCCUACUGUUAUACAACCCUCAAUGAUAGCAGAGUUAAUCCGAGAGCUUGGAUUUGGAGCCACUGUGAUUGAAAAUGCCGAUGAAGGAGAUGGUAUUUUGGAACUUGUUGUAAGAGGAAUGACUUGUGCUUCCUGUGUACAUAAAAUAGAAUCUACUCUUACAAAGCACCGAGGGAUCUUCUACUGCUCUGUGGCCCUGGCAACUAACAAAGCACAUGUUAAAUAUGAUCCAGAAAUUAUUGGUCCUAGAGACAUUAUCCACACAAUUGAAAGCUUAGGUUUUGAAGCUUCUUUGGUCAAGAAGGAUCGGUCAGCAAGUCACCUAGACCAUAAACGAGAAAUUAGACAAUGGAGACGAUCAUUCCUUGUAAGCCUGUUUUUCUGUAUUCCUGUGAUGGGGUUGAUGAUAUAUAUGAUGGCUAUGGACCACCACCUUGCCACUCUGCAUCAUAGUCAGAACAUAAGCAAUGAAGAAAUGAUCAACAUCCAUUCUUCAAUGUUCCUGGAGCGCCAAAUCCUGCCAGGACUGUCCAUUAUGAAUUUGCUGUCGUUUUUAUUGUGCAUACCAGUACAGUUUUGUGGAGGUUUGUACUUCUACAUUCAGGCUUACAAAGCACUGAAGCAUAAGACAGCGAACAUGGAUGUGCUGAUUGUGCUGGCCACCACCAUUGCAUUUGCCUAUUCGCUGAUUAUUCUCCUCGUGGCCAUGUAUGAGAGAGCCAAAGUGAACCCUAUUACCUUCUUUGACACCCCUCCUAUGCUUUUUGUAUUUAUUGCACUGGGCCGGUGGCUGGAACACAUAGCAAAGGGCAAAACAUCAGAGGCUCUUGCAAAGCUAAUUUCACUACAAGCUACAGAAGCAACUAUUGUAACUCUUAACUCGGAAAAUAUCCUCCUGAGUGAAGAACAGGUGGAUGUGGAGCUUGUACAACGUGGAGAUAUCAUUAAGGUUGUUCCAGGAGGCAAAUUUCCAGUGGAUGGUCGUGUUAUUGAAGGACAUUCUAUGGUUGACGAGUCUCUCAUCACAGGGGAGGCAAUGCCUGUGGCUAAAAAACCUGGCAGCACUGUGAUCGCUGGUUCCAUUAACCAGAAUGGGUCCAUACUUAUCCGUGCCACACAUGUUGGAGCAGACACAACCCUUUCUCAAAUUGUCAGACUUGUGGAGGAGGCCCAGACAUCAAAGGCUCCUAUCCAGCAGUUUGCAGACAAACUCAGUGGCUACUUUGUUCCUUUUAUCGUCUUUGUUUCCAUUGCUACCCUUGUGGUAUGGAUUAUAAUUGGAUUUCAGAAUUUCGAAAUUGUGGAAACCUACUUUCCUGGCUACAAUAGAAGUAUCUCCCGAACAGAAACAAUAAUACGCUUUGCUUUCCAAGCCGCCAUCACAGUUCUGUGUAUUGCAUGUCCCUGUUCCCUGGGACUGGCCACUCCAACUGCUGUGAUGGUAGGGACAGGAGUAGGUGCUCAAAAUGGCAUACUUAUCAAAGGUGGAGAGCCAUUGGAGAUGGCCCAUAAGGAGCUGGACACUGAAACCUUGGGUACCUGUACAGAUUUCCAGGUUGUCCCAGGCUGUGGCAUUAGCUGCAAAGUCACCAAUAUUGAAGGCUUGAUCCAUAAGAACAACUGGAAGAUAGAGGAAAAUAACAUUAAAAAUGCAUCCCUUGUUGACAUUGAUUCAAGUAAUGAACUGCCAACUUCGUCUUCUAUGAUCAUUGAUGCCCAAUACUCAAAUACUGUUAAUACACAGCAGUACAAAGUCCUCAUUGGCAAUCGGGAGUGGAUGAUUAGAAAUGGUCUUGUUAUUAGUAAUGAUGUUGAUGAUUACAUGAUUGAACAUGAAAGGAGAGGUCGGACUGCUGUAUUGGUGGCAGUGGAUGAUGAACUAUGUGGCUUAAUCGCCAUCGCUGACACAGUGAAGCCCGAGGCAGAAUUGGCUGUCCAUAUUCUGAAGUCUAUGGGCUUAGAAGUAGUUUUGAUGACUGGAGACAACAGCAAAACUGCUAGAUCAAUUGCUUCUCAGGUUGGGAUUACCAAGGUGUUUGCUGAAGUUCUGCCUUCCCACAAAGUGGCUAAGGUGAAGCAACUUCAAGAGGAAGGCAAGCGGGUAGCAAUGGUUGGAGAUGGAAUUAAUGACUCCCCAGCUCUGGCCAUGGCAAAUGUUGGAAUUGCCAUUGGCACAGGCACAGAUGUAGCCAUCGAAGCAGCUGAUGUGGUUUUGAUAAGGAAUGAUCUUCUGGAUGUUGUGGCGAGUAUUGACUUAUCAAGAAAGACUGUCAAGAGAAUUCGGAUAAAUUUUGUCUUUGCUCUAAUUUAUAAUCUGAUUGGAAUUCCCAUAGCUGCUGGAGUUUUUAUGCCCAUUGGUUUGGUUUUGCAACCCUGGAUGGGAUCUGCAGCAAUGGCCGCAUCAUCUGUUUCUGUGGUUCUUUCUUCUCUCUUCCUCAAACUAUACCGGAAACCAACUUAUGAGAACUAUGUACUGCCUGCCCGGAGCCAAUUAGGACAGAAGAGCCCUUCGGAAAUCAGCAUUCACGUUGGGAUAGAUGACGCCUCAAGAAAUUCUCCUAAACUGGGUUUACUGGACCGGAUUGUUAAUUACAGCAGAGCCUCCAUAAACUCACUACUGUCUGAUAAACGUUCCCUAAACAGCGUGGGGACGAGUGAAGCAGACAAGCACUCCCUUCUGGUGGGGGACUUCAGGGAAGAUGACGACACCACGUUAUAGAAAGCACCAGAGGAGGCUGCUGUUGAAAUUGUUAAUGCACUGACAUUCAGCACAUCAUCUUGGAUUUUCAAACUCUUAUGGAAAGACUUUAUGUUGGUUUCUGGCUCUUAUAUAACAGAAUCAAUUUUGAUUGCGAUUGUUACAUGGUGGGGAAAUAUCACCAUCAGGACACAAGUUCUGAACCUAGCUUUAUCAAAAUGAGUGACCAGCAUGUUUUGUUUUCACUAAUGACAGACUAAGGGUAGAGCAGUGCAAUUGAAAACAAGAUCUUCCAUGAGAGAUUGCCCAGUGGCUGCUAAGGUAAUAGAUUCUUUUUUCUUCUUGACCAAAAUAAAAUAAAAAGCCCAAAGACAGGGUUUUUUGAAAUCUGAAGAUUUGAAAGAAUAACCUUAGGGAUAUUCUUGAGCCUGUAUCCCUGCCCACUGGAGCAAUGCCUUUGAAAGCACUGUUGAAAACAUAGUUUUAGAAGGGAAGUAGUUAAAACUGUUAGAAAGUAGAUGUGCCUUAUUUAUUGUAGGAUUUCUUUCCAUUUUAUUCUUCCUGUGUCCUUGAUCUUGCAGUUUCUUAAGAUGUUGUCUUUUGUUAUCUUCCUUCAAGUGAGCCAAGUUAGAUGUUUUUUUUCAUUGAUUAAAAAUAACUGACAGUAAUCACUCCAGAGACUGAGGCAGAAAGAUCAUGAGUUUGAGGCUAGCCUAGGCUAUUGAGCAACACCCUGCCUCAAAAGAACAUAUAAACAGAACCCCUCAAAACUGACCAUGUGUCCAGUAUCUUUUCCUUUUUUUAACAUUUUUGCAGCUCCAAAGAUUUUAAGGAUCUGAAGGGUUCCUUGCCUCCCAUAUUUCAUUGUUGUAAAGAUUUAUCAGUGUUCCUCUAAUCUUCCCUACCUUUGCGCUAGCUUUUGCUUCACUCCUGCUGAGUUCAAGUCUAAGUUAUUUUUAGUGUUGUCUGUCCAUCGGUUUCACUCCAGAAAGUUAACACUUUAAGCCUCUUUCACUCAAAAAGACUUUUAAAAAUCAACACUACUAUCUUUAACAUAUACAAGUUAUAUAAAAUUAACCUGAAUUCACUAAAUUUUAAUCUUUUUAGAUAGAACAUAAUCACCUAGUUAGUAUAUAUGAUUUAGUAGAUUACUUGUCAAAAUGACAUUUUAAAAUAAUAAACAAAAAGUUGCUUUUUACCAAAAACAAAGCCCAGUAAAUUGUAACACAAAAAUUAGAAUUUUCACAGAUUUUGAUACGUUAUAGGCAAAUAAUAGAUUCUCUCUUGUUAAAAAAACAUUUGCACUUGCCUAGUUUGUAAGGUUGGCAAAUUUAAGGACUUGUGACUUCCAGUUGCCAUUAUGGAUUUAGAAAUUUCCCCGUGAAUGCUGGGAAGCCAGUACAGUGGAUGGAGAUAGUACUUCAAUGACUAGUUGCAUUUCCUUGUUAAGCCAAAGGAGUUCAUAUACAGACCAUGUAAAUGAAGAGGGUCCUGAGAAAAUUCCUAACAUUUUCUUUCCAUUGCUAUACAUUAAGUUACUAGCACUAUACAUAACAUAGAAUUUAUAAAUUUAUGUUUUUUUUGACAUUAGUACUAAAUAUAAAAACAAAGAUUUUUCCAGGGAAGAGUCUAGAAUCAGCUGGGAGGAAUGGGACUCUUCCUUUUGUACCCCUUUUCUCUUUAUACAAGUACCCCACAUUUACAACAUUCCAUGCUGUCUCUUCAGAUUUGGAAAGGGUUUGAUUUCUAUCUUAGCUAUCUUAAGGAGAGAACUGAAACUUUUUGAUGAAGGUGCUAUUAAUCUAGAAAGGCAAACCUAUUUUAAUAACGCACGAAUGAGUAUAUAUGUUUAGGCUCUUUUUUAGAGCAGUGCCUAUGCCAUCUUCCAUACUUGCAGCUGGAGUUUUAAUGUUUGGUUGUUAACUGAAUUCCAAUAGCCCAUCACAACAGAACUCCUUUUUUUUCUAGGAAAAAAAAACAAGUACUAUUCCAAAUGUUAAUAGAUUUUUUUCUCUCACUCUGGAGCCAUUGAGGAAAGGAGCCGCUCUCUCCUUUCCUACUUUAUUCCUUUUCCCUUCUUGCAUCCUCCUCCUUUCCUCUUGGCUCUAUAUACAUAUCAUAGGACAGUAAAAGUAGUAGCUUAUAGUUGGGAAUAAUUGAAGAACAUCUUAUUUCUUACAAGAACAGAAAACUGCUGUUUAGAAGCAGUCCAGGUAGGGUUGUAGUUCCAGUGGUAGAAUGCUUAUCUAGCUAGCCAGAGGCCCUGAGUUCAAACCCAGUAUACCAAAAAACUAAGCAGCAAGGAAAAAAAAUACUUAGAGGCCUACUUUAUUGAAUAGCCAUACUUGAAUUUUCUACCACAGCCUCUUGUAAUCUUGAACUCUCAUUAGCUUCACAGAGAAGCUGUAUUUACAGCUUUCAAUUAGUAAGUAGCUUUAAGGAACUAGUUACUAGUAAGAACAAGUUUUAUCAAUACACAUCUAUGUAUGUUUAUUCAUAUACUCAUACAUAUGCGUAUUUGUACACACAUACACCCACAUUACCAUAUAGAAAGAAAAUAGAUGUAUAUGGAAGAUGGUUUGCAUCUUUUAAAAUGAUUUGAAUUUUCAUCCGUCCUCUGACUUCACAGCACCCCUGCCCUCUGUCUGGAGAUAAGAAGGACUUAGAUAUCCAGGGCUGGUGCAGACUCAGCCAUGAGGCACUUUUCACUUAAAUAUCCAAAGAGGCCUUUUGAAUUUCAAAGAUUGCAAUGUCACUAAAGCACUUAGUGUAUAGUCUAAGGAAAGUAUGGGGCUGUGAAAGUGGCUUAGUGGUAGAAUGCUUGCCUAGCAUCCAUGAAGCUCUGGGUUUGCUUCCUCAGUACCACAUAAA